AUAUAAUACAAAAAUCUGUUUUCUCUCUCUACGGGCACCAACCAUCACUUCCCAAUGCCAAAGCUAGUCUUACGCCCACAACGACCCACCAACCCUCUAAUCUGGUGCUUUGCCAUUAUCUGCACCGUAUUAGCCAUAGCAGUGAUAAUUGUUGGCAUCGUCGUGUUCGUGAUUUACGUUGUGGAGCGGCCGAAGAUGCCGUCCGUCAGUGUCACGUAUGCCCAUCUCGACAACAUAUACUAUGACCAGGCCAGAACACUCUCUGUUAAAAUCUCCAUUGUUAUCAAGGUAGUGAAUGACAAUGCAAAAGCGCACACAAGUUUCUAUGAUAUGAGCUACGUUCUCGGGUUUUAUGGCGUGGAGAUAGCAAAAUUGGGGGCUGACCCAUUUGAUGUGAGGAAGAAUAGCUCCAUUGAAUUCAAUUACCUUGUUAAAUCGUCGUCUAUACCAUUAAGCCUCGGGGAAACGGAGACUGUGAACUUGUCUUUGAGGCAAAAUCGAAUGUCAUUUGAUCUGAAAGGAGCUACGAAGACCCGUUGGAGAGUUGGGCUUGUUGGGUCGGUUAAGUUCUGGUUGAACUUGAAUUGUGAACUCCAUCUUCCUGUAAAUGGGAGUAGUAUUUACCCACAUUGCACCACCAAGUCCAAAUAAGUCCUUCACAUGAUGGUUUUUCUUUUUGGGUUUAUUGAAAUGAAAUUUGGC